AUGCUUCUCAAACGAUCGAUAUUGCGCACCUCUUCACUCAGAUCAUCGAGUUACCUCCGCACCAUACGCUAUGGCUCCUCCUUAGCACCACCGCUGAUUCGCAUCCAAGAUGGAACUUUUUAUCAGAACUAUCCCACGGUUGACGAUGCAGCCAAAGCGCACAAUCCCCCUCUCUUUCCGAACCUGAAUUUCGUCCUACCCUCAAAACCAACAUCGUCUGCUGCUGGUGGCAAGGAAAGUCUACAACAUUGGGCUGUGAUCGGCUCCUCGGGGAGAACCCAGCUGCUCGAUGUCCUCCGCGGCCAGUACAUUUGCCUUCCGCCAACCGCUCGCAGCUACCCCUACCUCCUCACAGAUGAAAUCGCGACCAAGGAUUCUCGACUACGGUUUGUCGGGAAUGCGAUUCAGUACAUUGGAUUUAAGGGAGAAGGGUCGGAGGCAAUUGGUGGCACUCGGGGCGCCUACCUGAGCGCCCGGUAUGAGAGUCUUCGAGAGGAAACCGACUGGUCUGUUCGCCAGUUCCUCAGGGGCCAAACUUCCCUAAACCCUUUGGAAGGGGAAGAGAAUGGUACUAUCCGGGAUGAGCAGCUGUUGGAGCAGGUAAUCACCGACUUGCACCUGGGGGAGCUGCUCGACAUGCCGGUUGCCAAUUUGAGCAAUGGUCAGACAAGGCGUGCGCGGAUCGCUAAGGCUCUCCUUAGCCAACCCCAGCUGCUGCUCCUCGAUGAACCUUUCAUGGGCCUCGACCCUGCGACAGUCCGGAGCAUUUCCGGUCUACUUGAACGCCUAGCAAACAAGGCGUCACCACGAUUAAUUCUUGCCCUACGGCCGCAGGAUAAUGUCCCAGAUUGGAUCACUCAUAUUCUCCUCCUCGGGAACUUUAGCCGGGUUCUGUUCCAGGGGGCGAAGUCGGACGCCGAGAAGACAUUGAACGUCUGGAGACAGCUCACCAACAAGGAUGCUGCUCAAAAACUCGACGAGGCGGACCAGAAGAUAUUGAGUAAGGCCAAUGUGGAUAUGGAGGCGGGAUAUUUAGAUCGUCAGCUGCUUUGGGAUCUCAACCUUAUCGAACGACGGGAGGGAAAACUGAGUGCAGUAACGACUCGUGGAGGAGAGCCGCUUAUUGAGAUGGACGGUGUUCGGGUACAGUAUGGCGACAAAGCCGUUCUUGGGAAUUGGAAGCAGAAGGUGGAAAACGCGGUGAGAGAUGGUCUCCAUUGGACAGUCCGCCGCGGUCAGCGCUGGGUAGUGCUCGGAGCCAAUGGUUCAGGCAAGACCACUUUACUAUCAUUGAUCACAUCGGACCACCCACAGGCGUAUGCCUUGCCCAUCAAGGUUCUUGGGCGUUCUCGUUUACCCGAAGCUGGAAAGCCCGGGAUCUCGAUAUUUGAACUCCAAUCGCGUCUGGGCCACUCGUCACCCGAGAUCCACGCAUUCUUCCCUCGCCAACUUAGCAUUCGUGAGGCGAUCGAGUCUGCCUUUGCCGAGACGUUCCUUGCGAAGCCAACGUUAGAUCAUGAUCGAGACCUGGAUGUAAGUGCAGCGUUGAGGUUCUUCAAAGCCGAGUUAGACCCGGAUGCUGCCCACGCAACGAAACCACCAGAGGUGUCGGCGAAAUCGUUGGCGAUAUUCCCCAAAAUCGGAACGCUCAACAACAAAGGGUAUGUGCCGAUAGACUAUGAUGUCGAGUACGCCGACUCGGUGCGAUUUGGAGAGCUGAGCACUGCUCAGCAACGGCUGGUCCUCUUCAUCCGUGCCUUGAUUCACAAGCCGGACAUCGUCAUCCUCGACGAACCAUUUUCCAACAUGUCAGCAUCACUGCGGGACAAAUGUAUCCACUUUCUCGAGGCGGGCGAGACAAGCGGAAAGCCUACCACAGUCACGAGGCGCAUGUCUGGUAAGGACAGAUGGCUCCGGGGUUCCAGCGACAAGUCCAACAGCGUGCGCCACCGCGGUUUAUCUGACGAGCAGGCUUUGAUCAUGAUCAGCCACAUCAAAGAGGAGAUUCCAGAUAGUGUCCGAUACUACAUGCGUCUUCCGUCAGAACCUGGUGACGGAGGCGAGCCUCUUGAUUUCCGGUUUGGCCUGUUGGAAUCCGACAGUGUCAUGAGCGAUCCGAAAGUCUGGGAUUUGGCUUGGUCGCCACCCUCACGAUUUGACAAGGACGCCCAUCUACUACGGCGGGACCAGUCUUUUGACGAAGAGACCAAGCAGCAAGAUGAAGAUGUUUAUGAAUGGUACUCCAUCGCCCACAAUCUAUACUACGGUGAAGGCGUGGACAUGCUUUCCUUCCUUGAUGAGAGAAUCUCGCUCACCGACCCUGACUCCUCGCAUCCCAGAGGGAAUGUGGCACCCAUCAGCAUCCCUCCAACACUAUCACAUCCGAUUCCACGCAAGAUCACCCAGAUCUACGAGUACGUCUUCGGGAUCGGUGACGAAGAAGCGCGCGCCGACCCAGGCGUGGUCUUCAAGGCCGUCAACGAGGGCUGGCAGGCCCUGCACCCAAGGACGAUGCAGAACCCGCUCUUCCAGCUCCUCUUCCACAUCAACCAGCGCAUCUUCUACCAGCAGCAGAAAGCUCACCAGGCUGGCAAUCUUGUAUAA